UUGAACUUGGUGUGGAGCUUGGCAUGGAGCUUGGUUCAGAACUUGGUUCGAAGCUUGGCUCUGUUGAUGGUAUUUUUGAAGGAAAUGAGCUUGGCACUGAGCUUGGGUUGGAGGAAGGUAUGGAUGAAGCCAUAUAGGUUGGGAUAGAGCUUGGCACGGAGCUCGGGAUGGAGCUCGGGAUGGAGCUUGGCAGAGAACUUGGUAUUCGGCUUGGACUGUAUGAUGGGUUAUUUGAAGGUAUUGUGCUAGGCAUUGAACUUGGAGUUUUACUUGGUAUAAAACUUGGUUUCGAUGAUGGCUUCAAUGAAGGUAUUGAACUUGGGAUUCCACUUGGCAUCAUCGAUGGGGUCGUGCUCGGAAAUGUGCUUUGCGAAGGGAUCGCGCUGGGCUUCGAGCUUUGCUUCGAAGAAAGCCCUAAUGAAGGCAUUGAGCUAGGCAUUAAACUCUUCAUGGCACUUGGGACAGAGCUUUGUGUCGGAUCUUCGGUUGGAUUGUCCGUCGGCCUAUGUGUUGGAGCCGAAGUAGGAACCGCUGUCGGGGAAUGUGUUGGGGUUGAAGUAGGAACUGCUGUCGGUCCAUGCGUUGGAGACGACGUAGGAACCGCUGUCGGUCCAUGCGUUGGAGACGACGUAGGAACCGCUGUCGGAUCAUGGGUUGGAGAUGCCGUCGGCUCUGCUGAAGGCAAUGAGCUCGGCAAUGAACUGGGAAUCGCACUGGGUAUUGCACUCGGCAUCAAACUCACGCUGGGCAUCGCGCUGGGCAUUGCACUCGGCAUCAAGCUCAAGCUCGGCAUCGCGCUGGGCAUUUCACUCGGCAUCAGACUCAAGCUGGGCUCCGAAGAAGGCAGCAAACUGGGCAUUGAGCUAGGCACAGUACUUGGAAUCAAACUUGGUGAGGCACUCGGUAUUGAACUUGGUUUUGAGGAUUGCAUCAAAGUCGGGAAGGAACUUGGCGUCAAGCUUUGUGUCGAAAGGAACUCUGCAGAUGGCAAAGAGCUCGGCGUAUUGCUCUGCAGUGAAGUUGGCAUCGAGCUAUGCGUCAAACUUGACAAGGAAUUAGGCAUCAAGCUCGGUUGCGAAGAAAACGUCGAAGACGGUAUUGGGCGUAGUAUCCAACUAGGUAUGGUACUUGGUUCCGAAGAAUGUUUGGCAGAUACUUGCGGAAGCGCAGGGGGUAUUUCUGAUUGAAUCUCGUUAGAAGCAUCCAAAUGACUUGAGCUGCUAUGAGGCACUAUACUUGGCAGUAUAGAAGUUGAUGGGAGAUCCGGAAAUAAACUAGGUCGAUUGCUUGGGCUGUGGCUAGGAAAUAGAGAACUAGAAACAAAGAUGCUUUGUUGUUUUGAUGGAUGAAGAGAUGGUGUCUGAGAAGGACUGUGACUUGGUUGAUUUGUUUGGACACCUGAAUCUCUAGGAAGAAUCGCCUUGUCAAGCACAAUGCCUUCUUCUUUCAACACCUCUCCAACCUCCCCAGACGCCACUUUUUCUAAAAUAGAACGAACUUGCGUAAUUGGUCUUCCGGCAGAUAUAUCCGGAAUCACCUCAAUUUCCGUUUCGUAGCACUUCGUUUUGCUUCGAUUCUCAUUUUCACAUUUGAUUUCGUUCGUCAUAAAUUUGAAUUCAGGAACAAUCGGAGAGUCUGAAGAACCCAAUGUCGACAAAAUCGAAUCCAUUGAAGUUUCCUCCAACUUUGAUUUAGACCAUGUAUGAACACUCGGAGAGUCUGAAGAACCUAAAGUUGACAAAAUCGAAUCCAUUAAAGUUUCCUCCAAUUUUGAUUUAGACCAUGUAUCUGGUACAGCGAGAAAUAACUUAAAUGAAUUGUAUGAAAUUGCAGAGGGCAAGGUACCGGGCAUUCCAGAGGGUGCAAUAGUUGGAUUUGAUGAUGGACUAAUUGGAUUCCCAAACAGCGUUCGAUUGGUUGGUUCAACGCUCAAGGCUCUAAUGCGAUCCAAAAAUCGAGAGCGGUCAACAGGAAUUUUUGAACUAGCAUGUUGAAGACUAACUGGAGAUUCGUCUGUUCCGAAAGGGGCCACUGUCAUGAUAUCCAAAUUUUCCAACAAGCGUGAAAUUGGAUCAGGAUUGUCUACGCCAAACAAAGGAUCUUCCAAUGGGCAUGACGCAUUACAAGUCACGAACGGCGCCCAUAAUGUAUCAAUCACAUCCUUUUCCUCAUCGUAUUCAAAAUCAAGAUAGGAACAGUUUAUCAUUUGUCGCUGGUGCGUCUCGUCGCAGUUUUCGCUAACGUCAUUAUACGCCUUUAUUAUUUCAUUCCCAAGACGACUCCAAUCCCACGAGUCCCAUGUCUCAAUUAGACCU